UAUAUACAUACAUUUUCGUAUAAGUUGCAAUAAUGUACGUAGUAUAUAUACAGCAGCCCCGAGGCCGGAAUUGAAUACACACUUCUCUCCUCAUUUCACUCCGAUCCGCCAUGGCAGUUAUCAAAGCUCUCCACACCACUUUUGGAGUUUUUGGGAACAUAACUGGCUUGUUUUUGUUCUUGGCACCAAUGAUUACUUUCAAGAGGGUGAUAAAGAAGGGCUCAACUGAGGAGUUUUCAGGGAUACCAUAUGUUAUGACGCUGCUUAAUUGCUUGCUCUCUGCCUGGUACGGACUGCCGUUUAUAUCCCCAAACAACAUUCUGGUGUCAAUCAUCAAUGGAACAGGCGCGGGGCUGGAGGCAGUGUAUGUGCUCGUUUUCCUCUUCUUUGCACCGAAAAAGGAGAAGGCCAAAAUCUCAGGGCUAUUGGCCGUGGUGCUCACCAUCUUCUCCACAGUGGCGUUGGUGUCUGUGCUUGCCCUUCACCACAAUGCCAGGAAACUCUUGUGUGGUUUUGCUGCUGCGAUCUUCUCCAUCAUUAUGUACGGCUCACCCUUGUCCAUCAUGAGGACUGUGAUUAAGACGAAGAGCGUGGAGUUCAUGCCCUUCUUCUUAUCCAUGUUUGUUUUCCUAUGUGGUACUUCAUGGUUCGUCUAUGGUCUCCUUGGAAAGGACCCAUUCGUCGCGGUGCCAAACGGUGUCGGGUCUCUAUUGGGGAUGGUUCAACUGAUCUUGUACGCGAUAUAUCGCGAUAACAAUGGGAAAGACAAGAAAGCCACUAAUGAUGCUUCUAUCGAAAUGGGGGUUGAUAAUAAACCCAAGGGUCAAAAUGGAAUUGCAUGAGUUUUGAGCUUUUCCUUUAGGUUUCUUUGACGACCCAUGGCCGCAUGCAAGAAGCGACCUAGUCAACCAACAAAAAGAAAAAGACAAACCAAAUGCAAAAAUAGUUGUUUUCUAAAUUUUCGUCAUUGUAAUAUUUGCAGAAUUUGAAGUAUAUGACUAUUAAUUUUUAGUUAGUUUAUUCUUAUUUGUAUAUGUUAUGUUCCCAUUCUAACAAGUAGUCUCAAUCCUACUUGUGUUUAUGUUUUUGGAAUUGUGUGAAGUGAAAGUUUUAUGGAUGGAGUGAGUGAAAAUUUCUUUGAUAAAAUAAUACAGAGAAAACAUUCAAAUAGGCCCUCGUACUUGCCAGAAGUAGCCUUUGCACAUUGCCAGAACAAU